GUUCGACUGCUUCAGACCAACACGGCUGCCCGCUUGGAUCUAUUCACAUGGAAAGACGGCCCCCAGCAGGCGUCUUUCCCUCCAUUUCAGCGACUCUGAAGUUAACAUCCUUUUUCAUACAGACCGCAUUCGAUGAAGUUUGCCCCUUCGAGGCUACCGUGUCCGGAGAAGCGUUCUACGCAUGCGUACUUGCUCUUGGCGAAGCGAUUGCCCUUCAGCGUCAUGGCAGCAGCCUGCAGAAAGGUCUGGGAGGCGCGAGGCACCUAUUGCAGGUACUUUUCUGUCUCAGCCUUUCUCCACUGUAAAGAUGGACAACCGCCCAAAUUUAAGCCACCUCCAAAGCCAGUCAUUAUCGAUGAAUCAAAGCCUGUCGCUGCGGAAAGACGAUUCCUGAGUCCUGAAUUCAUUCCUCCCCGAGGAAGAACAGAUCCUUUUAUGUACUACAUUGAAAGAAGAGAUAUGGUCCGGAGGAGAAAAGUACUAAACAUCCCGGAGUUCUACGCUGGGAGCAUCCUUUCUGUUACGACGGCAGACUCUUGCGCCCCCGGAAAGAAGAGCACUUUUGUAGGCAUCUGCGUUCAGAUCUCGGGGAAAGGGCUCGGAGCAACCUUCAAACUACGAAACAUCAUAGAAGGACAGGGCGUCGAAAUCUGCUUUGAGAUGUACAACCCUCUAAUCCAAGAGAUCAAGGUUCUGAAGCUGGAGAAGAGGCUGGAUGACAACUUGAUGUAUUUACGAGACGCCCUUCCUGAAUACAGCACUAUUGAUGUGAACAUGGCGCCCAUACCCUUUGCGGCGAAUGAAGAGGUUCCUGUCAACAAGAUGAAAGUCAGAAUGAAACCGAGACCUUGGUCCAAGCACUGGGAGCACCCCAAAUUUAACAUCCAGGGCAUCGACUUUGAUUUAUAUCUUACUGAGAAAGACAAAGAAAAAGUGAAAGGGUGGAGCAUGCCUUGGAGAGAAUUCGAUAUGAUGUUAGAAUACGACACAUCAAAACUCGAGAAGAAAAUCUGGGAAGAAGUGAAUGCAGAACUGAAAAGCUGAGUUGCGGUGAAAUCACGGAAGACUUUUUAUCCAGAAAAGACCAUCUGUUUUAGUAUAGUUUUUCCUUUGAUGUUAGGCCUCUUAAAUAAACAUGCACAUGAAAUUUA